AUGCCGGCGAGCCUCGCCAUCAGCGGCAACCAUGCCCUGGACCACACAACAGACUCGCGCCGUAUGACGCCCUCUCCUUCGCCGCAGACAAAGGCCCCCAUCAACAAGCAGAGCUGGGACUAUGCCAUGCGCAGCGGUCUGGCCGGCGGUAUAGCCGGAUGCGCCGCAAAGACGGUAGUAGGCCCGCUAGACCGCGUCAAGAUCCUCUUCCAGGCUUCGAGUCCUCAGUAUGCAAAGUACACGGGCUCAUGGUUUGGCUUCUUCCGCGCCAUGCGCGACAUCCACACAAACGAGGGCACGCGAGGCCUCUUUCGUGGCCAUUCAGCAACCCUACUCCGUAUCUUUCCCUACGCCGGUAUCAAGUUCUUAGCCUACGAGCAGAUUCGCGCCGUCAUCAUCCCAACCAAAGACAAAGAAACGCCUAUCCGCCGACUCCUCAGUGGCAGCUUGGCCGGUACCAUCUCUGUCUGCUUCACCUACCCACUCGAAGUCAUUCGUGUGCGCCUAGCCUUCGAGACAAAGACACAACACAAGACUAGCCUAAGAGAAAUUUGCAAAACAAUCUAUCACGAACGCCCGCCGCCGGUCGGCUCGGCUACCCAGCAUGUAGACACAUCAUCGGUCGCCCGCGCUGCUACCUCGUCCAUCUCCGCUACUUCUGCUGCCCUGAACAGGGCGACACCCGCCUCGGGCAUGGUGAACUUCUUUAGAGGCUUCACUCCCACCAUUUGGGGCAUGCUCCCAUACGCCGGCUGCUCCUUCCUCACCCACGACACAGCCGGUGACUUGAUGCGACACCCACGCAUUGCGAAAUACACCACACUUCCCGAAUCCGAGCCCUCGACUAAGCGCGAUCCUAACAAGCCUGUGCCGCUCAAGUACUGGGCUGAGCUCGCAACCGGCGGCUUUGCUGGUUUCGUGUCGCAGACUGUAUCAUACCCACUGGAAGUCAUAAGAAGGCGCAUGCAAGUAGGCGGCGUGGUUGGUGACGGCCAUCGUCUGGGUAUGAUGGAGGUUGCUACACGCAUCUAUCGCGACACUGGUUUCAAAGGCUUUUUUGUAGGUCUAGGUGUCGGGUACAUCAAGGUUAUCCCCAUGGUCGCCACCAGUUUCUUCGCCUACGAGAGGGCCAAGCUCGCACUUGGCAUCUGA